UUUCCUCCCUAUUCUGAAGUAAUUAUAUACUUCCUAUUAUUUGAACAUUAUAUUAAGUCUUACAAUUAAUGUAGAUGAUGGACACUCAAAUCUUCUAGUAAGAUUUACUUUUUCUUUUUUUAAUAGAAGUACUUGUCUUCUCACCCAAUUUGGAAAAAGCAUAAAAAGUUGUAUUUGGGUGGCAUUUACUUCUUCUUGGGUCAUCAAACUUUCAUCUUUUCUAGUGGGUGUAAAGAUGUCUUCAUUUUCAUGAGAUGGACAGCUUCUUGUGCUUGCUUUAAUGAGAUAGUUGGCCUUCUUGAUGCCCAACUGUCUAGUGUUACCAUCUUACAUAGUUUGUAAAGAGGGCUGAAAAUUGAUAAUGGAGGAUCUCUGGACUGUAUUUUGUGGCCCAUCAAACUGUUCAAGUAUCAAUACUGACUCUUGUAGUCCUCAAUUAGUGUAUGUCAUACAUCCUUCUUCAUGUGUUAAUCAUGUCUCCAUCAUUUUGUGUGAUAUUCUGUUUCUAUUAGUGUUCUUAUUUACCAUGAUUUCCAAAUUUUUCUCAAAGAGAAUCGAAUCACCAGCUCGUUAUAGUCGAUUCUCAACCGUGCAAAUCUCAUCAGCUGUUUUUAAUGGGUGUUUGGGACUAGUUUACAUAGGUUUAGGAGUCGGGAUUUUGGUAGGGAAAUCGAGAAAUGAUCAUCAUGCUUCACCGAUUCAUUGGUGGGCCUUGUAUGUCUUUCGAGGUUUUACAUGGUUGUUGGUCGGAUUAGCAUCGAGUCUUCGUGCCCCAUUACGAAUAUUGUCCAUCUUUGCUUUCUUAUCUACCGGAUUCUUUUGCUUUUUAGCUCUGUUUGCUGUCGUCGUUGAGCAUGAAAUCACGGUUAAAGUAGGCUUGGAUGUCUUGUCUUUCUUAGGAGCAUGUUUGGUGUUAGUAUGUACUUACAAGGGCUAUGUAGUUGAAGUUAGUAGGGAGAAUAUGAACGGAACGUCUCUUUAUACUCCGCUUUAUGGUGAGACUAAUGGGAGCUAUAAAAUCGAGUCUUUAGCUCAAGUUUCUCUAUUUGCAAAUGCCGGGUUGUUUAGUAGGUUAACAUUUUGGUGGAUGAAUCCUUUGAUGAAACUCGGUAAACAAAAGACUCUCGAGGAAGAGGAUAUUCCCAAACUACGAGAUGCAGAUCGAGCAGAAGUUUGUUACUUGCAGUUUAUAAACAAGUUGAAUAAACAAAAACAAGACGACCAAUAUUCACAAUUCUCGGUGUUAUGGACUAUUCUUUUAUGUCAUCGUAAUGAGAUACUUUUUUCGGGUUUUUUUGCUCUUUUAAAGAUACUUACUCUGUCCGCGGGACCUCUUUUGUUGAACGCGUUCAUUGAGGUUGCUGAGGGAAACGAAGCUUUCAAACACGAAGGUUAUGUUUUGGCCAUUUCGCUCUUCAUUGCCAAGUCGUUAGAGUCUUUAUCGCAAAGACAAUGGUAUUUUAGAACCCGACUGAUUGGCCUUAAAGUGAGAUCCUUGCUCACUGCAGCAAUAUACAGAAAACAACUAAGAUUGUCGAAUGCUGCGAGAAUAAAGCAUUCGGCUGGCGAGAUUAUGAAUUAUGUCACAGUCGAUGCGUAUAGGAUUGGUGAGUUUCCAUUCUGGUUUCAUCAGACUUGGACAACGAGUCUUCAGCUUUGCAUCGCGUUAGCCAUUCUAGUACACACUGUAGGACCCGCCACAAUUGCUGCGCUAACUGUCAUUGUUUUAACUGUCAUAUGCAACACUCCUCUUGCAAAAUUACAACACAAGUUCCAAACUAAGCUUAUGGUUGCGCAAGACGCAAGGCUAAAGGCUUGCUCCGAGGCCCUUUUAAACAUGAAGGUGCUAAAAUUGUAUGCUUGGGAGACUCACUUCAAGAAUGUAAUCGAGGGAUUAAGGAAAGUCGAACUUAAAUGGCUUUUAGCUUUGCAAAUGCGGAAGUCUAUAAAUAGUUUUAUCUUUUGGUCAUCCCCGGUUCUGGUGUCUGCUGCUACAUUUGGUGCUUGUUAUUUUCUCGAGGUUCCCCUACACGCGAGCAAUGUAUUUACUUUUGUGGCAACAUUACGUCUUGUGCAAGAACCGAUUAGAGCGAUCCCAGAUGUCAUAAGUGUGGUGAUUCAAGCAAGAGUUUCGUUUUCUCGAAUUGUGAGUUUUCUUCAGGAGCCUGAGCUACAAACCGAAAUUGUAAAAAAGAAAAGCACUUUAGGUAACUUAGACCGAGCCAAACAUGUUAUUUUGAUGCGGUCUGCAAAUCUUUCGUGGGAAAUGAAUCCAUCGAAGCCAACACUACAGAACAUAGAUUUGGUGGUUCAACCUGGUGAUAAGGUAGCUAUUUGUGGAGAAGUAGGCUCGGGAAAAUCAACAUUACUAGCUGCUAUUCUUGGGGAAGUACCUUAUACUGAAGGAACUGUUGAAGUUUAUGGUAGGAUUGCUUAUGUUUCCCAGACAGCUUGGAUCCAAACAGGCACAAUACGUGAGAAUAUUCUUUUCGGUUCUGCCAUGGACGAGCAAAGAUACCUAGACACUCUUCAAAGGUGUGCAUUAGUGAAGGACCUUGAACUUCUUCCUUUCCAUGACAUGACCGAAAUAGGGGAAAGAGGAGUUAAUCUAAGUGGUGGCCAGAAGCAACGUCUACAACUUGCUCGUGCAUUAUACCAAGAUGCUGAUAUAUAUCUUUUAGAUGAUCCGUUCAGUGCUGUUGAUGCACACACCGCGACUAACCUCUUCAAUGAAUACAUUAUGGAAGCGCUUUCUGAAAAGACCGUCUUACUUGUGACCCAUCAAGUCGAUUUUCUUCCUGCAUUUCAUUGUUGUUUGCUUAUGUCGGAUGGGGAGAUCCUUCAAUCGGGCCCUUAUCAUCGGCUAUUAGCAUCAAGUCCGGGAUUCUUGGAACUUGUUAAUGCACACAAAGAGACUGCUGGUACCGAAAAGCUUCCUGAAAUUGAGGCAUUAGAUAGACAAAACUAUCCUACAAAGGAGAUCAAGAAACUUGAUACUGAGAAACAACAUAAAACAUCAAGAGGUGAUCAAUUGAUUAAACAAGAAGAACGAGAAAAAGGGGACGCGGGUUCUAAGCCAUACUUACUCUACCUUAAUCAGAACAAAGGUUACAUAUACCUUGCUUUGGCCGCUCUUUGUCAACUCACAUUUGUUACGGGCCAGAUAUCGCAGAACACUUGGAUGGCUUCUAGUGUUGAUAAUUCUCGCGUCAGCACUUUGAAAAUGAUCGUUGUUUACCUCAUCAUUGGAGCUUGCUCUGUCAGCUUUUUACUCUUUAGAUCUUUUGCUGUCGUUGCGUUGGGUAUCAAAUCAUCAUCGUCUUUAUUUUCUCAGUUGUUAAGUUCUCUGUUUCGUGCUCCAAUGUCGUUCUAUGAUGCUACACCGCUUGGAAGGAUACUAAGUCGGGUCUCGUCUGAUUUGAGCAUAGUUGAUAUUGAUGUUCCUUUCAAUAUGAUCUUUGCCAUUGCUGCUACAUUGAAUGUAUAUUCCAAUCUAGGAGUGCUGGCUGUUAUCACUUGGCAAGUCUUAUUCAUCUCCAUACCAGUGAUCUACAUGGCAAUACGAUUGCAGAGAUACUAUUUCGCGUCAGCCAAAGAGUUGAUGAGAAUCAAUGGUACCACCAAGUCUUUUAUUGCAAACCAUUUAGCUGAAUCGAUAGCUGGGGCUGUGACAAUUAGAGCGUUUGAAGAGGAAGAUCGCUUCUUUGCUAAGAAUCUUGAUAUAAUUGACACGAACGCAAGCCCAUUCUUCCACAAUUUUGCGGCUAAUGAAUGGCUGAUUCAGAGGCUUGAGACCCUUUGUGCGACUGUUCUUGCAUCCGCAGCCUUGUGCAUCGUUUUGCUUCCUCCGGGAACUUUUAGCUCCGGGUUCAUUGGAAUGGCACUAUCGUAUGGUCUUUCAUUGAAUAUGUCUAUGGUUUUUUCGAUUCAAAACCAAUGCAUCAUAGCAAAUUACAUCAUUUGUGUCGAGAGGCUUAAUCAAUACAUGAAUAUUCCUAGUGAAGCUCCCGAAGUGUUAGAAGAAAGUCGUCCACCUAAAAAUUGGCCCUCAAUCGGUAAAGUGGAGAUACACAAUUUACAGAUAAGAUAUAGAGCGGAUACACCACUAGUUCUUAAAGGAAUCAGUUGUACAUUUGAAGGGGGAGACAAAAUCGGUAUUGUUGGUAGGACUGGCAGUGGGAAGACUACACUUAUAGGGGCUUUGUUUCGCUUGGUUGAACCAGCCGGUGGGAAGAUAAUUGUUGACGGUAUUGAUAUAUGUUCGAUUGGACUUCAUGAUCUACGCUCACGUUUUGGGAUUAUUCCACAAGAUCCUACUCUCUUUAACGGCAGUGUAAGAUUUAACAUGGAUCCGUUAUGCCAGCACAAUGACGAAAAAAUCUGGGAGGUGCUUGAGAAAUGUCAACUCAAAGAGGCUGUCCAAGAGAAGGAUCAAGGCCUAGAUUCCUUAGUUAUGGAGGACGGAGCAAAUUGGAGCAUGGGACAGAGGCAACUAUUCUGUCUAGGACGUGCGUUACUAAGAAGAAGCAGGGUAUUAGUACUUGACGAAGCGACUGCAUCAAUCGACAACACAACUGACAUGAUUCUACAAAAGACAAUAAGAACAGAAUUUGCAGAUUGCACGGUGAUCACAGUAGCUCAUAGGAUACCAACCGUGAUGGAUUGCACAAAGGUCCUUGCCAUUAGUGACGGAAAAUUGGUGGAAUAUGAUGAUCCUAUGCAGCUAAUGAAGAAGGAAGGUUCACUAUUUGGCCAACUUGUGAAGGAAUAUUGGUCUCAUUUUCACUCGGCUGAUCAAUCACUUUGAACCAAAUGUAGUACAUGACACACAUUCUUAAACGCCUCGUUUGGAACCAAUCGAGUAAGUUUUAGGUCUUGUACAUAUUGUAGCUUGUUGGUUAGGAGUCGCGCAAGGUUCAAAGCCAUUUCUACCGGGGGACUUAGGUGCGAACGAGGUUGUUGCUCAUAGACUAAUCUUUUAGCUUGCUUAAUCUUUUGGCUUUCUAUACUUUUCUACUCAUGUAUAGCUUAUAGAAUGCCAAAAUAGGUAUGUUUCUUCAAACUGUUCGAUUUUGAAAGCUAAUUAGAAAAUGUUAUUUUCAGGUCAAUAA